UACUAACAUUUUCUAUAUGCAGGCAAUUCCAACUAAGAAAAAAGAAACAAGGGGAUAUCAGGAGAAUUGUUGCCAUGCUGCAGGUUCAAGAAGUUUUGCGGUUAUUCAAGAUCAGAUGGAAAUUAAAGAAGGAAGAAUUGCGUCUCGAUCAGAGCUAUAUUGUGUUGUCCAUACCAACAAGAAAGGAGAGCCUGUGGAUGCCUAUUUUGCAGGAAAGAUGGUUAAUUCGCAAACGAAGUAGUAACAAUGGAGAUUCACAAACUGGACAAAAAAAGCCAACCAAGAGAAGAAGAACUUCCAAUCCGACUACAAGGAAAUCAAGUUCGAAAAAGGACUCACAAGCUAAUGCCUCGAUGCAGAAUGCACUAGUUGCAGCAAUGUAAUUGAGAG